AUGACAGCUGUUGGUGAAACAUCCCCCUUGCUCGAGGGCUCUCGGGCAAAAUGUCAUCACAAAUCACGGAAAGUAAAGUUUGCAGGUCUAAUCUUCGUUUUCUCUUUGAUUUCGGUUUUUGGGUACGUUACAUUAAGUAGAAUGAACUACUUAGAAAACUUUAAUGCUGCAUUCCCUAGUGCUCUUAGCCCUAUCAAGCUAAGAAUUUACACAAAUAACAUUAGAUUUGACAACAACUACGGUGAUCCUUUGGAGAGACCCUGGUCUUUAAGAAAGGAUUCUGUGAGUUCUUCUAUUAUUUUUAAUACCGAUCUGGGGAGCUCCAAUGUGGUUUGCUUGCAGGAGGUCCUCAGCAAUCAAUUAAGUGAUAUUUUAUACACUUUGAAUGAUAACGGUGAAAAUUAUGAUUGGAAUUACUACGGGGUAGGUAGAACAGAUGGUAUUGCGAGUGGUGAAUAUAGUCCGAUUUUGUUUAAAGAAAGUGAAUGGCGCUUACUUGACAGUAAAACGUUUUGGUUGAGUGAGACUCCAGAUGUCCCCAGUAAAGGAUGGGAUGCUGCAUUAGAACGGAUUGUCACUAUGAUAACAGUACAAUCUAAAUCAAAUCCUACCGUGAUCUUGAAUUUUUUCAAUACACACUUUGACCAUAGGGGAAAGAUGGCCAGAAGAAUGUCUCUGAAGUUGAUCAUUUCAAAGAUGAAGAAUUAUAAUAGUUAUCCAUCAUUUUUGUGCGGGGAUUUCAAUACACAACCAAAGGAUGAACCAUAUCACAUUUUGACGAAGUCCGGAUUCAAAGAUAGUAGAGUAUUAAUAGAUUAUGCACACAAGUAUGGUCACGAAUCGACGUUUACCGGAUUUGACAAACAUAAUGAAGCCCGUUCAAUUAUCGAUUAUAUUUGGGCUCCAUAUUUUGCUGAAAAUGGGUAUACCCCAUCAUCGAUUGAAAGCUCAGAAUGGAUUAACUUUUUCAAUCUGAAUCAUCAUGAAAAGUAUAAGAUAAAAAUUACAAGUUUUGCUGUAUUGCAGAAUUUUUUUCACAACUUCUAUUUCUCGGACCAUCGACCGGUUGUUGCAGACUACGAAGUUUCUCGACUGAUUUUUUAA